UCUAUCUAUUUCAAAUUUGAUUUGACUUAAGAUUACGACCAUAUAUGUUUUUUCUGUUUUUUUUUUGGUGAGAAUGUUGUUGCGAACUUGCGAUGGAGUGUGUUUUGUUUGUUUGAAUUUGCGUGAAACUCUGUGACGAGGUAUUGUUCUCUAUAUAUAUUUUCUUUAGUAUCGUGAUGAUGACGAGUUUUCUAACACCAAAACGGAUUGAAUUACAAAUUUAAUGCUCUAGUUAUUAAGUACUCCUAAUACCUUUUACAUACACACUAUCAAUAAUUAUAAUCCUCUAAUUUAUACAGCUAUAAUCGAAAUAACUUGUUAACAAUUCAAGAAUUUUAUGGAUUUAAUUGAAAAAAACUUUUUAACAAGUCAAAAAAACAUAUUAGGGAUUGGUAACGUAACAUUUUUUUUGUUAAAAGGAUAAUUGGUAACGUAACAUCAAGAGGUCCAUCCGUGAUCCGUCCACAGUGGAGGAGAUUUAUUAGGUUUUUGACAGAGAUUAGGUUACAAAAAAAAAAAUUAUAAGUGGGCCUGGAUUUAUAAUUUAACUGGGCCUGCAGUCUAAUUACUAAUUUGGUUACAUGGAGGCCCCUUUGGGCUUUGGCCGACGACCUAGGAAUUAGGGUUUCUGUGAGAAAACGCGCUUAUAAAUUAGGGCUGCACGAAGCGAAGAAGAAGAAGGUUACGUGACGGUAAAGAAAUGGGUCGUGUGAUUAGGGCACAGCGUAAGGGUGCUGGUUCCGUUUUCAAGUCCCACACUCACCACCGCAAGGGUCCAGCUAAGUUCCGGAGCCUCGAUUACGGCGAGCGAAAUGGUUACCUCAAAGGAUUGGUGACCGAAAUCAUCCACGACCCAGGCCGUGGUGCUCCUCUCGCUCGCGUCGCGUUCCGUCAUCCUUUCCGCUACAUGAAGCAGAAGGAGCUGUUCGUAGCCGCCGAAGGUAUGUACACCGGACAAUACCUCUACUGUGGUAAGAAGGCUAAUCUUAUGGUCGGUAACGUUCUUCCCCUUGGAUCAAUCCCUGAGGGAGCUGUUGUCUGCAAUGUUGAGCUCCAUGUCGGUGACCGUGGCGCUCUCGCUAGGGCUUCUGGUGAUUAUGCCAUCGUAAUUGCUCACAAUCCUGACAGCAACACCACUAGGGUUAAGCUUCCUUCUGGAUCGAAGAAGAUUUUGCCAAGUGCUUGCAGAGCCAUGAUUGGGCAAGUUGCAGGUGGAGGAAGAACAGAGAAGCCACUUCUCAAGGCUGGAAAUGCAUACCACAAGUUCAAAGUGAAGAGGAACUGUUGGCCUGUUGUGCGUGGUGUUGCGAUGAACCCAGUGGAACAUCCCCACGGAGGAGGAAACCACCAGCACAUUGGUCACGCCAGUACGGUCAGGCGUGAUAAAUCUGCUGGGGCUAAGGUUGGCCAAGUUGCUGCAAGGAGAACUGGUCGUCGUAGAGGUACAGCCGCAUUAGCAGCCAAGGCAGACUACUAGACUUGACUUGAGACACACUCUUCUCUGCUUUCUUGAUUUUGUUUCCGUUAGCACCCCAUUGUUGCCGUUUACUUUAGUAUAACUUUCUUUUUUUUUUUUUUGUGUUGAGAGCUUAUGAGCUUUGUAUCUAAUCUAUACCCUUUGACGGUAGAAUUUUGAAUUAUUUAAUUUAUGAGAUUUUUUUGGGGUCA